CUCGGGGCUGCAGCUCGUGGGGCCAUGGCAGGAGCCGAGGGGGAGUAGCCACGGCUGGAGAGGCAGAUCCAUGGAUGGGACACGUGUGGGGCAGGAUGCCAUGAAGAACUGCACUGACCUGGAGUACUGGGACACCCUCGUUUCCCAGUGCAUCCCCUGCAGCCUCGCCUGCAGGCAGUCCCCGGCCAGGAGGUGUGAUGCUGUGUGUGAGUCCAUGGACUGCAACAAGAGACCUGGAUUUUACUACGACGACCUUGUGAAGAACUGCAUCGAGUGCAGCUCAGUGUGCGGGCAGCACCCCAAGGAAUGUGCCCUGUCCUGCGACCGUGAGUUGGGGAAGGGGCACCAAAACACCCCCACUUUGGUGUCUGAGCUGCCCCUUCUCUCCUGCCCCACAGCCACGCCCGCAGGGCCGGCGGCAGGGCUGGAGCAGAAGGCGUGUGCGGAGCAGGAGCCGUGGCUGGUGCUGUACCUGCUGCUGGGGCUCUGCCUCUGCUCCCUCAUCUGCUCCCUGCUCCUGGGCUGGACCCACCUGCGCAGGAAGGGAGAGGGGGUCUCCUGCCAGGCCAGCGCUGGGACCUGCCACCGCCGGGAGGACCCUGCCAAAGAUCAGCUGGUGGAAGCUGGCAGCGUUGGUGACGGAUUCACCAGCAUCAGAAUCCCAGAGCCCGUGGAAACUUGUGGCUUUUGCUUCCCUGGACAUGGCUCUGCUGUACAAGAGACCAAAUCCUGUCACAGCAGCUCCUGUCACCCUGGGGAAAGAGCUGCUCCCUCCUUCUCCGGGAUCUGCAGCACGGGAAGCGCUGGGGCUGUUCCCAGCCCUGACGACGGCCACUUCAAAAUCAUCUGUUCUCCUUCCCAAGAGAAGACACCCAUGGUGUGAGCACAGUGGAUGUUCCAGCACGGGAUCAGAAUGGAGGGGUGCUCCCUCUGCCCCCGAAUCAAAGCUGCUUCUCUGUUGCCAGUGACUGGAACAGCCUCUACCCAGCCCAGGCUGUGCCAAGGGCUGUAGGAUACACACGGGGUUGGAGUUGCACAGAGCUGUUUGUUUCCACUCAGGAAACUGAAUUCCCUUUAUUCCUGAGCACUCCCAGUGAAAGAAGUUGCUUCCCAUGCAGCAGGAUCUGACUUCAUCCUCCAGCUUGCCCUGGGUGCAUCCUGGCCAUUGGGGACAUCUCAUGGGGGCUUUUCAUCCUGGUUCCACCACCAGCAUCCCUGCAAAGGAUCAGGUGGUGCCCACUGGUCCCCAUGGAGAGCUCACCUCCCCCUGCUUGGAGAUUCCUUCAUGUACCAGAACAAUUUUCAACACAGCUGUAAAUGUCUCAAAUGUGGAAUUGGAUCCAAGGAUUUACUGGUGAAAUUUAUGAGUCAGUGUGGGAAGCUCCACUGUCAGUUUCCAGCCAGGAGUGAUGGUGAGGCUUUGCCUCAUGACCAGGACACGAUGCUGAACAUGAGGAGCUGGGACAGGCACCAAAAUCCUCAGUGGAAUUUGGUUUAAAUAUGAAAAUUCAUCCAAGGCUGAGAUCUUUCUACAAAACUGGAUUUAUGUGUAUCUGGCCUGGGUUAUUCUGAAGAGCUGGUAGAAGUGAGGAAUCAGCUGGAGAUAAAGCUGCUUUGAGAGAAUAUUUUAAUCUAACCUGGCUUUGAAAGCUACCAAGGAAAAAUAGGGGUUUCAAUGUGUAACUUGAAGUUCACAUUUCCACUAAAGGAGACUGUAGGAAUUUCUUGUUUGGUGAGGAAUCCCUCUUGGUAGGAGCCUAUCCCCUUCACUGUCUCAAACUAGAGCUUUAAACUUGUAGGAAUAAAUGUAAUUCAAUAUAUGCACAAAUUGGUGUUGGGAAAGCAGACAGCAGACAUGAUCAGAGUUAUAAUGGAUUCUAUCCCCUCUAUAUUAUACAUUCCUUUAAAUAUAAAGACUUUCUUAUCACCAAAAAAGGCAUUGCCUGGGAGGUUGAGCCUCUCACUCUGGUCACCUCCCACUCUCUUGGCACCCACAGUCCGUGGCCUCCCAACCUCCAGACCUUCUCUACGUCCCAGCAAACCUGGAGACCCCCUUGGCCUCUCUUCUCUCAUCGGUGCCUUCCCCUCCACCUCCACAGCCUCAGCUCCCUCCUGUGGAAUCUGUUCCAGUGCCCUCAGCUCUCCUGCUGUCAGUUCCUGUGAUCCCCAGACCUGUGCUUUCCUGCCCCACAAUCUCCUACACCCAAAUCCUCUGGCAUCAAUAGCAACCUGAUUCCUCUAGGACUCCAAAAGCCUUUCAGCCCCAGAAGUCCCCUUGGCCUCCAACCCUUGCUCAGCCUCAGCUCUCCCUGGCGUGGAUUAAUCUCUCCCUCAGCCUCCCCAGGCUCUUGGGUCCUGUUGCAGCUCAGCCUCUUUCUUGCCCUCCCACCAUCUCCUGCUCUGCCCUUCUCUCCUACAUCCUUCAGUCUCCCUCUCGGUUCUCCUCAGGUUCCUGCUUGUGCUCAGACCUCCAAAGCCUCUUGGCUUCUCCUCUCCCCUCG